AUGCGGAAAAGAGCAAAAGCCAUUCUAUAUGCGAGUCUUGCUACUAUCCGGGCGUCCUACGUUCGUGCCUCGCGAAGCAGUUUGAUAUUGCCCUCUCAGCGCCCAUUCUCGUUUCGGAUCUCCUUCGUCGACUUGGAAGCGCGACCUCCAAUAGACAAUGGAAUCACAAAUUUUGAGCCUUUGGGCGACUUCGUUCACAGCGAGAAGUGCGACACAGAUCUCAAGGACUCUGCGAUGUAUUUCGAUGGAAAUAAAUCGUACAUCGACGACCAUCAUCUCAACGGGGGGGCUCCAUAUCAGGAGAUUGACCACUGGGCAUCAUUUCGAACGCGGCUCAAGAAGAUGUACACAAUCUUCCCUUACCGCGAUCCGAUCUGGCUCGUCGCAGUCAUGUUCGUCAUUGGCAGUAUCGAUCUCGUCAUAAACGCAUUUUUCUGCCUCCUCCCGCACACGACUCUCUCCACGGUUUCUGACACGGAGGAAACAAUCGCUAUUCCCUCUACCGUGCUAAUUGGAUCCAUUCUCUUCCUUGCAGCCGCCGUUUUCGACACCCUCGCUGCACUCAAUGUGGAUUGCGGUACUCUCGAGACAAGCGAAAAGGACCUAACACAAAUCACGUAUCGGCCAACACUCAUCGGAACUCCGGAGUUCAAAUGGAUACCCUCAUUUACCAAGACCGCCGAACUCACGGUGACUAGUGUAGCCUUUCAAGCCGGGCUUAUCGUGCUGUUUGGUGGCGUCAUCUUUAUGUUCGCCGGCAUCGUCGAUUUCCCAGGCGUGGUUUCUGAGGAAGACCCAUUGUUCGGCACUGUUGUGUUUGGACCACAGAUCUUGCAUGGCGCCCUAUUUCUGGUCGCUAACGUCAUGCUUGCUCUCUCCGAGCAGGAGUGUUGGUACUUUCCAAAGGUUCGAGACCCUGACUGGCAAGGCGCAUUCUUGAACAGUGUGGGUGGACUUGGAUUUAUGAUGGCUGGGUUCUUCUUGUUUCGAGAAGAUCAAGUUUUGUCUGCGGCGGCCGCUAUGGCAGGGAGUUGGGCGUUCUUGAUUGGAAGUUUGAUGAGGUGGUAUGUUGUCAUGGAUGUUUGGUAA